AUGGCUUGGUUACAGGUGCACCAAGGGAAGGCUGAAGUAGCGGCCAUGUUCAAAACACCUAUGCACUUCAUACUUGCUGGUACUGUUACUGCUCAAUCUGGUUGCUGGUCCAUGCUCAAAGUCGGCCUAGCUGUGAAUACUUCAGGUCCUGUCCGACUCUAUUUUGAGCUAUGGAGCUACAACUACAAGCAGGGCCUCAAGGAAGAAAGAUGGCUGUUGAUGUUCAAGACUGGUUAUUUUCCAUUUGGUUGCGCUAUGAGCAAAACUAAUCCUUGGUACCAAAAUCAGUGGGUCAAAUUGCUUUCCCCAAGAAAACCUUGGUCAUCUGCUGGAAGAAGGAUCAACUCGAUCAUGACACAGUACUCAGACAUCAUUGAAUAUAUGAAUGACGGAGCAUCAACACCAACUAAGUAUCUUGAAAAGAUUAGAGAGAUCAAAUCAAACGGUUAUAAUGGCGUUUUGGGAAUCAGCCUCCAGGGACAUAUUAGGACUCCAAAUCUUCCCUACAUGAGAGCUGCAAUUGAUCAGCUUGCUACUGCAAGAUCUCCCAUUUGGCUCACAGAACUGGAUGUUGCAAGCAGCCCCAACCAGGAUGUUACCGAUUAUUCUUGA